AUGGCUUCCGUAGAAGAAAAGAUUAAAACUUGUGGAGUUGGAGGAGGAUUAGUUGUUGGGGGUCAAACAUUUGUUGCUGAGAUGAAACUGCUGAAAGAAAUGCAGGAACAUUCUGGGGUUCGACAGACUUUAAAUUCAGAGUUAUGGCACGCUUGUGCAGGCCCUCUUGUGUCGUUGCCUCAGGUUGGAAGCCUUGUGUAUUAUUUCCCUCAGGGACAUAGCGAACAGGUGGCAGCUUCAACUAGAAGAACAGCUACCUCACAGAUUCCAAACUAUCCCAAUCUUACAUCUCAGUUACUGUGCCAAGUUCAAAAUGUCACACUUCAUGCAGAUAAGGAGACAGACGAAAUCUAUGCUCAAAUGAGUCUUCAACCACUGAAUUCUGAAAAAGAAGUCUUUCCUAUAACUGAGUUUGGUCUAAACCACAGUAAACAUCCCACUGAAUUUUUCUGCAAAACUUUGACUGCUAGUGACACCAGCACACAUGGUGGCUUUUCGGUUCCACGAAGGGCAGCAGAAAAGCUCUUUCCUCCAUUGGAUUACACAAUUCAACCCCCAACCCAAGAACUUGUUGUCCGAGAUUUGCAUGAUAAUACCUGGACAUUUCGACAUAUAUACCGGGGUCAACCAAAGAGACACCUUCUCACAACAGGAUGGAGUUUGUUUGUAGGCUCAAAAAGGCUUAGAGCUGGGGAUUCUGUUCUUUUUAUCAGGGAUGAGAAAUCGCAAUUGCGAGUUGGUGUGAGGCGUGUUAAUCGUCAACAGACAACACUGCCAUCAUCAGUACUUUCUGCAGAUAGCAUGCACAUUGGUGUGCUUGCUGCUGCAGCUCAUGCUGCUGCUAAUCGAAGUCCAUUUACUAUUUUCUACAAUCCAAGGGCAUGUCCUUCAGAAUUUGUUAUUCCGUUGGCUAAAUACAGAAAAGUUGUAUAUGGGACUCAGGUCUCAGUUGGCAUGAGAUUUGGUAUGAUGUUUGAGACAGAGGAAUCGGGUAAGCGCAGAUAUAUGGGUACAAUAGUUGGUAUCAGUGAUGUGGAUCCUUUGAGGUGGCCUGGUUCUAAGUGGCGAAAUAUUCAGGUGGAGUGGGAUGAGCCAGGGUGUGGAGAUAAGCAGAAUAGAGUUAGUGUAUGGGAGAUUGAAACUCCUGAAAGCCUUUUUAUCUUUCCUUCUUUGACUUCAAGUCUAAAACGGCCGUUACAAUCUGGACUUUUGGAAAAUGAGUGGGGAACAUUGUUAAGAAGACCUUUUAUGAGAGCUCCUGAAAAUGGAACAUUGGAGCUCUCAAACUCGAUACCAAAUCUCUACUCAGAACAUCUGAUGAAAAUGUUAUUUAGACCCCAACUUCUUAACAAUAAUGGAGCCUUUUUAUCGGUCAUGCAACAAGAAUCUGCUGCUACUAGAGGUCCCUUACAAGAGGUGAAGACAACAUUGGCAACAGAGAACCAAAAUGUUCAUCUUGCAAGUACAGAGAGCAUGCCACCAAAAAAUCUACAUUCUCAGUCAGUACCCGACCAACAACAUAAUGCCUUUAACAUGCAUUCACUGAUGAGAAGUGACCAACCUGAAAAAUUGCAUCCUAUGGCCAAAAUUGAUAAUCAUCUUCCUUCUGGAACAUUUACUGAUAAGUCAAAAUUAGAAUCUGAAGUGUUACCUGAUCAUAUGUUUGACUUCCCUUCCAUGGAAGGCUGCAACAUUGAAAAAAUGGCUGCAAAUCCUGUUAACCCGAAAAUCCUAGCAAGCCAAUUGGCAUUCCAUAAUCACAACCAGAGUCCAUUACACACUCAAACUAGUCCAUGGCCUAUGCAGUCUCAACUAGAAUCAUCGAUAUCGCAUCCUCAACUGAUUGAUAUGUCCCCCCAAUCUGAUUCUGCUAUUGUAAAUGGCCUGCUUCCUCAGCUAGACAUUGAUGAAUGGAUGAUGUAUUCUUCUUGCCAACCUUUUUCUGGACAAAACAGAUCAACUGGGCCUUCAUCAGAUUUGCAAGAACAUACCUCACUUCAAACUCAAGCAGUGAAUCCCCCUUUACCUUCGAUGAACCAAGAAGUGUGGGAUCAUUAUGUCAAGAAUUUGAAGUUUUUAUCUCAACCGGACCAGCUAACAUCCAUUUGUCAGCCAGGGAUGUAUGGCCUCAAUGGUAUAUCUAGUUCAAACAAUUUGAGGGAUCUUUCAGCUGAGAGCAACAACCAAAGUGAAAUUUGUGUCAAUGUUGAUGUUAGUAACAGUGUAAGUACCACCAUGGUUGACCCUUCUACUUCAAGUGCCAUUUUGGAUGAGUUUUGCACAAUGAAGGACAGAGAUUUUCAGAAUCCACAAGAUUGCAUGGUUGGAAACUUGAGUUCUAGCCAGGAUGUCCAGUCUCAGAUAACCUCCGCAAGUCUUGCAGAAUCACAUGCCUUUUCUCUGCGAGACAUCCCUGACAACUCAGGUGGGACAUCUUCAAGCCAUGUAGAUUUUGAUGAAAGCAGCUUUCUGCAGAAUAACUCAUGGCAACAAGUAGCUGCACCCAUCCGAACCUACACCAAGGUGCAAAAGGCAGGUUCUGUAGGAAGAUCAAUUGAUGUAACUACUUUCAAGAACUAUGAGGAGUUGAUCCGCGCUAUUGAAUGCAUGUUUGGACUCGAUGGUCUGCUGAAUGACACCAAAGGUUCAGGAUGGAAAUUGGUAUAUGUAGACUAUGAGAGCGAUGUUCUACUUGUUGGGGAUGAUCCUUGGGAGGAAUUUGUGGGCUGUGUCCGCUGCAUCAGAAUAUUAUCACCUUCAGAAGUUCAGCAAAUGAGUGAAGAGGGGAUGAAACUUCUAAACAGUGGAGCAUUGCAAGGGAUCAAUGCUUGA